AUGGAGGUUGCUACCGAGCAGGUCAAUGCAAUUUCAUUCAUCCAGACGACCCCGCUUGGGAAACAGCCCACGUUCGCAGUUUUACAAGAGGUCACGGAAUGGGCAGAGGCGGAAGUUUUGUGGGGAGAAUCGAGAGGAUCAUUUACUCGUGGAAGAGGGCGCGGAUCUGCACCGGUGAAUUCAUAUAACUCAUCUUCGGCGUUGGGAUGCGAUACUGGAGGAGGAUCUGAUUCUCGUGGCGGGUCGCCUUCUCUAUCGAUAGUGACAGGAUCAACUGUCAAUCGUAAGAGGAAACACAGAGGCUCAGAUCUCGAGAAGCGGCAGGAGACCUGGGGGGAUUUUAUCAGAUUAUGCGAUCGCGCCGUUCGAGCAAAAGUAGAUCUCGCGAAGGCAGAGGUAGAGCGUCAAAACUGGAGAAGGGCGCAGAAGUCUGCUACUUAUUCCUACAUCGGUGAAGCUGGCCGCAUUCGCCUGGAUGGUCAUCGGAUAGAGCUCGAGAAAAUUUGCGUCGGUCACUCAGACAAGCUAUCACAGGCAAUCAGGGAACUAGCGGAGAUUGGAGACAAGUUGAAAUCCGGCAUAGACUAUGACCGACGCUACGAUGUUGGAGACGAGGUGACGAGCUACUUAAAUGAAGUCGGGGCUUGGUUGUCAGACAUCCGCCCGCUGCUCAUCGCCAACACUCCCCAACACCCCCCGAACGCGAACCAAGCCACUCCUCAUGAAGAUGAACCACCUGAAGUAACACCUGUUAUUCCAGACGGUCUGGAUACAGUGCGAUCUCGUUUGAACAAACAGGAGGAGCUACCCGAGGAAUUGCGAACAGCCCUAACGCUUGAAUCUUUGAAGAAUCCUAUGGCUACUAUCAACGACAGAAUCGACAAGAAGAUAAAAAUUCUGCGCGAUGCUCGAGCGGAGGCCAGGGCCCAACAAGCUAAGCUGCCUCCAUCAAAGGUUGACUUACCACCCGAAGCGAUUGGCGCCAUAGAGGAAGUUUCUCGUAAAGCGACGGAGCUGAGCGCAGCUUUGGAUGCGCCUAUCGAUGAUAUCGCAAAGCUACUCGUUCAUCAAGACGAGGUGCAGAAAACGCAGGCUUCUUUCAGAACUGAGAACGAAGAACUUAGAGAGUCGAUAGCCAAGCUCAAAGAGGCGUCCGCUGCCAAUCGGAAACUGAUUCAAGAACAAACCGAAGCCAUUCAGCGUCUCGAGGCUUCACUUGAGGCGGCUGUUGAAUCGCGACGCACUCCACCCCCUGCCGAACCACCAAUUAAAGUCAUGUAUGACGACCUUCGUGGAGCAGUUGAUGAUGCGGUGCAGGGUAUUAUAUCGCGCGAAGUCAUUCCUACGAUGACAGAGUUGAUCGACCAAUGCCGGUCAGAAAACAAGCGCAUUCAUAGAGAGGUGUUCGAGAUAAUCUGGGAUCUAGUCGAGCCUGGCUUGAAGAUCACUGAAGCCGUUAAUAGCUGGGUGACAAGUUUAGAACUUCCUGCAUCCUAAUGUGUGCAUAUCCAUCCAUCUAUCCAUUAUCCACUUGGUUGUAGACACCAUCUUACCUGUUCAGCCUACACUACUCGGUUACUUCCUAUGAUAGUAGACU